GGGAUGCAAGCGUUUCGUCUUCAAGAUCUCCCAGUAGAGUUGGAACGCUCUAUCUUUGAGAUUGCAGCUCGCUUGGAGCUCAAGACCGCGAUGAACUUGUCGUUAGUCUGUCGUCAGCUGAAGGAAUGGAUCCAACCUUUGAUUUAUGAGAUGGUGACAUUAGGCACCGGAGAUACCGCAUUAUUUCUGCGUACCAUGGAGAUGCUUCCCGCCGAUUUCUUUGCUCGUUCUGUCAAGAGACUAUGCUUGACGGUGUCCGUCAACCCAAAUGACGCUCAGAGGAUAUUACGAAUUUGUACUGGCAUCUCAAACUUAGCUUGUUGGGUCGAUUUCAUUGGCCGGUUUCCUUUGACCCCUUCGACCCCAUUUCGAGAACUUCUGCAUCCACUUCCCCUUCGGCGUCUCUCUAUAGAAGCUGCGCAUUUUCAAACGCUUUCAUUUCCUGACUGUGCCUGGAUUCAUUCUCUCACUUAUCUUGACCUCGUCUUCUGGAAGGAGGACUCGCUGUUAAUACGGGAGCUGCGUUUCUUACCAGGACUUACCCAUGUUGCGCUUCUACUGCAGCAUUCGUCAAUCGAAACUAGCGCGUUGGCUUACAUCCUAUCCAUAUCACCAUCCUUACAAAUUUUGUGUCUUGUUACCGACGAAGAUGACCUCGAACGGUAUGAGCAGGGCACUAAACUCGUGGAUCCCCGCGUUGUCUGCCUACCGCAUCCAGAGAGUGUCCUUGACUGGGAGGCACCGUAUCGAGGCCGUCCGGAUAUGUGGUCACAGGCCGAGGAAAUCAUAGAACAACGACAACUUGCGGCUAAUCAGGUG